AUGUUUAGCUGGGUGAUAAAGGUUGUUCCCCAGCCUCCUGAUGCUCCUGGCAAACUGGGAGAGGAGGACAAAAACAAGACCAAUGAUGCUGCACCGGAGGCGACAAAAAAGGAGGAGGCAAAUCAAGAAACUUCCAAGCCAAAGGAGGAGGUCUCCGAGGAAAACAGCUCUCAGAGUGGUGUUUUGAGUUGGCUUUCUCAGGGGUUCAGCAGUGCUCUUCCUCAGCCAGCGAACUCAUCCAAACUGGGCAAUGCUGAAGUUAAGCUAGAGGCAAAUGCAGUGAGCAACAGUAACACGUCGGACCAGGCUGGAAUGAUAGGCUGGAUUGUGCAAGGUCUUGGAAAAGUGGUUCCUCAGCCGGAUGAGAAAUACAAGGGUCACACAGAGCCUGAAGAGGUCACCGAGCCUGCAGUUGUUCCAGUGGUUAAAGUGGAUCCUCCAGUUCAAGAGAUCAAAAAUGUCCGUGCAGAUGAUCUGGUGGCUGAUAUUCCAGUGGUGGAGGUUGUGUCUGAUGAGGAGACGGACGCCACCAACGUGCCCUUCUCUCCCAGGGUAAUAGAAUGGAUCAAGCAUGGUUUUGAGAAGGUCAUUCCUCAGUCUCCUAUGCAUCUUCGUCCUCCGUCUGCUGCAGAAACCCCUGCCCAAAGACCUGCUUCUGCUCCUGUGACUCCCUGCAAACAAGAGCCAGCACCUGCACCUGCCCCAACCCCUGCUCCUCCACCUGCACCAGCCCCAGCACCUCCUCCUCCACCUGCAGCUCCACCUGCACCUGCACCCGCACCUACACCUGCAGCUCCUGAGCAGCCCAAAGCAGCUGAAGACUCCAAAGGCAACAAUAUGGUUGGCUGGAUUGUACAGGGGCUCGGACGCAUGAUGCCACAACCAGUCCUGAAACCAAAAGAUGAUGGCUCCGAUAUAGUACAAAAUGUGUGUAUCCUGCAGGACCCGUGUGAUAUGGUUCUGGAGGAGGUGGACUCAGACUGGGAGGCCCGGCAGCGGGAGCAGGACGUCCCGCAGGAGGAGCCGCUGCAGCAGGAGGCCUCGACACUCCUGCAGGUCCUGCCCAACAUCCUGCCGCACGUGCUGGCCAUGCAGGAGCAAGAGCAGGAGGACGCCGAGACCCAGACCGAGCGCUGGACGCCGCUCAUCGAGAGCAUCAAGAAAGAAGCGGAGGAGAGCGCCAUAGCAAACAUGGAGGAGAGACUGCAGCAGGAGCGUGUGGAAGCAGCUCGUAUGGCGGAGGAUUUGGCCCGUCAGGCUGCAGAACUGGCGGUCCGACAGCUGGAGGAAGAGCACACCGCACAGAUCAUCAUCGAAACCAAAACUGAAGAGCCAGAAAAUGAGGAGCAACUGCCAAAUAUCCAGGAGGAAGAAAAUGAAGAAGACGCAGAAUUACAGCCGCUGGGUGAAGAGAGUGAGGAGGAGAGUGAGGAUAGUAAGAUCUCAGAGGCUGACAUGAAAAGGAGUCUGGUGGACGUGUGUCCGGCCGAGCCUUCGCCGCACGAGUCUGAGAUCUCAGAUCAGCCUCCUCAGAGUCCAGCUCUGUCACAAGAAGAGCCUGUGAGCACUCAGCCUGAGCGCACCACCUCUCCACCUGCUGAUGCUGAACAGGAAGAGGAGCCCGCUGAUGAAGGUUGUGGAGAAAGCACUUGUGUGAAGCCAGCAGUGAAGGUGGAGGAGGUGGAAGAUGGAGGAAUGACCCUUCCCAAAAUCAUUGUCCCGCCACAGUCAGAUUCAAUGACCCUCACUGUUCCUGGAGCAAAUCUCACAGCACGCAGCAAAGUUAUUGAUUCAGAAAGAAAACCUGAGGAUUUAGAUGAGGCAGCUCCUGGUGAAGAAGAUGAAGAAGGCAUAAUAGAUCUGAACAAGUCUGAUCUGCUGAAUGUGGAUGAAGGCCUUGAGCGUCCCAUGUCAGCAGCCAGCCAAACCAGUAUAGUCGUGCAUGAGCGUCUGCAGGAGCUGGUUAAGCUGUUUAAGGGCCGAACUGAACGUGCAAGAGACAAACUGGUGGAUCCAGAUGAGUCUGAUGAUGAAAGCCCUUCAGCAUCUCCAGCCAAGAAGCCUGGUGAAGCUCCACCUCCACCACCUCCACCAGAGCAGAAGAAAGAGCCUGAAGAGAAGCCAGUGGAAGAGGAGGAGGAGGAGGUGCAGAUCUAUGAGUUCAUGGGCUACAAGAUCCCAGUUCCCCAAUUCAAAAUCCCCCAGGUGCCUGACUGGCUGAGAGCCAUUCUGGCGUACCGCUUCCCGUCCAGCAUUGACCCCUAUACUGAUCUGAUCUAUGUGGUGUGGCUGUUCUUCGUGACGUUUGCAUGGAACUGGAACGUUUGGCUGAUUCCCGUGCGCUGCACUUUCCCUUAUCAGACGUCUGACAACGUUCACUGGUGGCUGCUGAUGGACUACUUCUGUGACUCCAUCUACAUCAUGGACAUCUUCGUGGUUCAGCCACGACUGCAGUUUGUCAGAGGAGGAGACAUUGUGUGUGACAAAAAAGACAUGAGAGAGAACUACAGGCAAACAGAGCGGUUUAAGAUGGAUGUGAUCAGUCUCUUUCCACUGGAUGUCCUCUACGUCUUCACUGGUGUCAAAUCUCUCUUACGGUUUCCUCGUCUGCUAAAGUACAACGCGUUCUUCGAGUUUAAUGACCGUCUGGAGGCUUGGAUGAGCAAAGCCUACAUCUACAGGGUGAUCCGUACGAGUGCGUAUCUGCUGUACUCUCUGCACUGCAAUGCCUGUAUUUUCUAUUGGGGCUCAGACUAUGAAGGACUGGGCUCCACCAAAUGGGUUUAUAAUGGCAAAGGGAACAGUUAUAUCCGCUGCUAUUACUUCGCUGUGAAGACUCUGAUCACCAUCGGAGGUUUGCCGGACCCCACCACCGUUUUUGAAAUUGUCUUUCAGCUGGUCAAUUACUUCGUGGGAGUCUUCGCUUUCUCUAUUAUGAUCGGUCAGAUGAGAGACGUUAUCGGAGCCGCCACAGCAGGAGAAGCUUAUUACAGACACUCUGUGGACAGCACCGUCAAAUACAUGACCUCCUACAGGAUACCCCGCGACGUUCAGAACCGCAUCAAGACCUGGUACGACUACACCUGGAAGUCCCAGGGCAUGCUGGAUGAACAGGAGUUGCUCAUCCAGCUGCCAGAUAAGAUGCGUCUGGACAUCGCUGCUGAUGUCAACUACAGCAUUGUCAGUAAAGUGGCGCUCUUUCAGGGAUGUGACCGACAGAUGAUAUUCGACAUGCUCAAGAGGCUGAAAUCUGUGGUGUACCUUCCAGGAGACUUUGUCUGUGAAAAAGGAGAGAUCGGCCGAGAGAUGUACAUCAUCAAAGCUGGAGAGGUACAGGUGGUCGGAGGGCCUGAUGGGAAGACGGUGUUUGUGACUCUAAGAGCUGGCUCUGUGUUUGGGGAAAUCAGUUUGCUAGCAGUUGGUGGUGGAAACCGACGAACAGCUAAUGUAAAAGCCCACGGUUUCGCUAACCUCUUCAUCUUGGACAAGAAGGACCUGGCAGAGAUCUUAGUGCACUAUCCCGAAUCCCAGAAACUGCUGCGCAAGAAGGCCAAGAAGAUGUUGACCAAAGAUAAGAAGCCUGCAGAAGCGAAGGGCGAGGUUAAAGACACUGGUGAGGUUAUUCCUCAGCGGCCUGAGACUCCCAAACUCUACAAGGCGGCCCUAGAGGUCGCCACGGGACAGACGUUUUCCCGGCUGAAGGAGGCUUAUAAGGGAGCAACUCUAGAGCCGUCCACCCCUAUAUCCGGCAUGAGCUCCACAGGUCCAGUGCCGCCGCCGUCCCCCAUGCACCGCCGGUCUCCCAUUCCCCGGCCUCAAAUCCCAGAUGAAGACGACAUGGUGUCCGAGACCACCGACAGCACCGUGAUCAUCCGCAUGACUCCCCGCGUGGAGGGAGAGGAGAUCCUGUCUGUGGAAAUCAGUCCUGCGGAGGGAGCAGAAGUGGAGACGGAGGAGCCCCAAAAAACUGAAGACAAGUGAGGAAGAGAACGAGGACAAACAGAGUAGGGAAUGAGUAGAAUGUCUGAAGAAAUGCCCAAUGCAUGCGAAUCAUGUUAUGCUUUCUGUAUUAUUA